UCUCGGGUGGCUUGCAGUUGGUCAAUCACCUGCCAACCGUUACUAUAAUCAAUUAUUGCCAGCCCACUGUUGCAGGACGCACCGCACUGUACUGGACUCAGCCCAGUCCUCCGUACUUACUCAUACUGUACUUCUCUGCAAUCCCUCGCCGCUUAAGAUCAGCCUGCCUGGCCGCUCUCGUCCGCUUCCGCUUUCUUCCCCUCUUCAUCGACCUCCGAGUAUUGCCCUUUUGGGAACUCCUACCAACUGAACGACCACUUUUUCUCUCGCUUCGAUCCCCUGAACCUUUCGUUUCUUUAACUUCAACUCCAAAAUCCCACCCGAUCAAUAAAGACGUUGAAUUUCCAACUGAGGCGCCAUGGCGUUGUCAACUCGCCUGCUCCAACUGCUUCUCCUAUCCCUGAUCGCCUUAUCUGCGAUAGCAGCCCCGGCCGCCGAUCAAUCCGAAUCCGACGCCCCGUCGGUCACCGACAGCAUCGAAGAGACCUCCCUCCACAAGGCUCUGCAUUUGUUCCAGAGGUUCAGCCACGGCAUCUUCCAGUCUGACGAGGAGGCUGCCGCAGCUCUCCAGCAGGAUGACUCGUCGUUGGCUGAACACUUGAACCUGGUCAAGCGAGCGGAUGGCAACUCGACGGCUGCGGUAGAGACGACGAGCCAGGCCUCGGAGCCGGCAGCGACGACUUCGGCCGCCGCGGCAGCGACCACCGCUUCGCAGGCUGAAAGUUCCACCAGCAGUGCGGAACAGCCGACAACUGCUGCGGAAACCACCGCCGCUCCUACGACCACUGCUGCCCGCACGACCGCUGCGAGACCUACGACUAGCUCUAGCAGCAGUGAGUCCAGCUCUAGCAGCAGUGAGUCGAGCUCUAGUAGCACUCACACGACCUCCACGACCUCAACAACCUCCACCACCACAUCCUCCUCCUCAUCCAAAACCACAUCCGCCACCUCAACCUCGACCUCAACCUCCACCACCCUCGAAACCACCACCUCGACCACCUCCACAACCUCCUCCUCAACAACCCAAGACUCCCAAACCACAGACGACAGCGCCACCACCAGCGCAAAGACCACCCCCUACACCUCCACCUACAAGCUGACCACCACGCUGCCCAACGGCCAGCAGAGCACCGUCACCGCCAUUACCGUCAUUCACCCGACCGAGACCGCCCACGAGGUCGCCACCGGCACCCGCAGCUCCCCGAGUCUGCAGACCGACAACGGGGCCGCGACCCACGGUCUGGGCCGGGAGCUGUUCGUGAUGGUCGGUGGAGCGGCCGUGGUGGCUAUGGCUCUGUAAAACGCCCCCAAAAACCGCAGACCCACUGAAUAGUCCUUCUCCCAGCAAUUGCAUUUUCCGGCGUUUUUUUUUUUUUUAACUUCUGAAAACUUCUGAAGCUGCCCCCAUGAUACCUCUCACCAUGUUACGAUCCUUUUCAUGCACACAAAACACAUGCACACACAUGAACCUGGCAAAGCAUACAUUACUUUGUGAAAUUUAGC